AUCAUGGACAAGCGAGUCAUAUUUGUUUUGACCAUUUUCGCAGUGCUUUUCGAACUGCAAGCGCUAAUAUGUCCACCGCAGUUUACGCCUGUUGCCGGAAAGUGCAUCUUUGUCUCAAGAAAUAAGGUAAAUUGGUACGCGGCAGAUCGGAAAUGCCGGAAACUUGGAGGCAGUCUGCUGGUAUUCGAUUCUGAAGUCGAACAGAUCACAAUCACAGCUCAUCUGUUGACAAUAGGAGUGCCUUUCACUGGGCAAUGGGAAGACUGCAUUUGGGUGGGAAUUGAUGCCCAGGGAAAUGAUCAUAAUUUUGUGCUAUCCAAAAAUGGAGAUCCCCCUAAAUACACUCCCUGGGCCAAAAAACAACCAAGUGGUUAUUACAAAGACCUAUGCGGUUCCUUUGCCAAUUAUAGAUCGUGGGGCUACGUUAAUAACGAAUGCCUCUUCGAAGCUCUAUACGUUUGUGAAACGCAUGGAUUCGAGCCUUAAUUCGAUAUAUAUCAAAUGCCUGUUUCAAAUUAAACUUAUAAUCAACAUGA